UGUCUCAGAAAGCUGUAGCUCUGUAAUCUAUGAUAUCAUGAACCUGCUUUAUGUCCUUUUAUUGGUCCUGUGGUCAGCUUUCAAUUCAGAUAGUAACAGCUCCUACUUUCUUAUCUACAAUGAGGACCAGAACAAAUGUGUGUAUGCCGUGAGUGCUACUGAAGUGCAGAAUGUGCCAUGCGAUGCAUCUUUCAAAGCUCAGCGUUUCCAAUGGAUUUCCUCUUCACAAAUCAUCAGCCUCGCUUUUAAUCUCUGCUUGGGAGCCGAAAAGUUCGAAGACUGGGCUACAAUUAUCCUUCUGCCCUGCAAUGAACUCAGCCCAGUGCAAACCUGGGAAUGUAAAAAUGAGACCUUGUUUGGCUUGAAGAACAAGCCACUGCACUUGAACUAUGGAUAUAAAGAAGAUAAGACAAAUAUGGUGUUGUUUAAUGGAACAGGUCCUUUUAGUCGCUGGCUGAUUUAUGGGACCAAAGAAAAUUUGUGUUCUCAUGGAUAUCAAGUCUUGGAUCAUCACAGGGAAGGAGUCUCUUUAUUCUACAUCUGCUUUUCCUCCUUCAUUGCUGUUGGUCUCGUCAUCAUGACUGCAGCAGUGAUCAUGACCACCAUCAGGAGCAAAGCUAAAGACGCCAUCAACUCCACCACAACUGUUACAGAGGAUGAAUACAUGGAUGCGUAAAUAAUCAGAAGAUUUCUGAAGAGAGAAGAGCAGACCUGAAGAGGAGAAACAUUUACUGUAAAAAUAUAAA